CAAAAUAAAGGCGUGCAACAGCUAGACCUUCUGGUACACCAUACUUUAUAAAAAGUCUAACAUAAAUGAAUUGCAUUGCGGUGAGGGCCCUUUUGUUAGUUGUUAAAAUGCUUGGACGAAAAUAAUAAGAAAUUAAUGUACAGUUAGAUCUGGCACGGCAAGCCAAAAUGACAGACAAAUUAAAAAGAUUCUUUUAUUUUCCUGAAGACAUCAGUAAGCAUGCAAGGACAUGGGUUUUGGUUAUCCAUCACGAGUUUAAGGGCUUUGAAGACCAAAGAUUUGGAAACGACAAAGACGUUAUCAACUUGCGAAGUGCAUUUACCAGGAGGAACUGCAAUUUCAAAGACUUGGCAUCAAAAAGUAAAGCGGAAAUUCUGCAAACUUUGAGUGACCAACAGAAAUUAGUUGCACUCUUCAAUGAAAAUGUUGAAGGUGAUACAGAGAAUGAACCUCCAGACUUGUUUAUACUUUUUAUAUUGUCGCACGGCACAAGCAAUGGAGUAAUUGAAACGGACCAUUUGGUUCCCCGCUGCGAUCCAGAACAACCUGAAUUUGAGAGUUACAACCGCCAGGAUGUGUGGAACGGAUUGAAGGGAAUGGAAGUGCUGAAAAAUUGCACAAAAUUGCUUUUCAUGGGGCCUUGCAGAGGAAAAAAUCUUGAGCUUCCUCUGCCUGCACCUGCACACAUAGAGGCAGCUUAUCGAAAGGACAAGACAGAGCCUAUUUGGAUAUCGACUGAGCCAAACUGGGAAGACACAAUCGUUUUUUAUUCUGCCGUUGAAACAACAAAAGCUCAAAGAAAUUCCGAAGGAACGUGGUUAGUGAUCGAAUUGUGCAACGAGUUGAAUUCAAUGAGGGAAGACCUUGACUUGUUCAGAUUCCUCACUCGAGUGCAAAAACGCAUUAGCGAACAGAGGACAUUUGAAACUGAUUCUUUUAGUCAAACACCUCAGCUUCAGAUCUUUACGCACAGAAGAAUCACCAUUUACAGCAAUCCUUUAGUAGAAGGCGCUGAUGGAAAAAGCAGUACGAGUCAGGUUACAAACCAAACUGAUUUCUACCUGUGGAGAGCGGAAUCAUUUUUACUGUUCCGAAGAGGCCGUGCCCUAAUUUUCCAUGACGAAAAGCACGCGCCUUGGUCACCAGAGGCGAGGAAGAGUUUUCAACACCUUGAUUUUGAAACUAAAACCUACGGAUUAAAUCAACUGCUGAGUGUGUUGGAAAAUGUUUCAACUUUCCCUGGUUACGAAUUGCAAGAGGAAGGAUGUUUUGCCGUUUGCCUGAUGGCCAAGCUUGUGAACACAAAGGAAGACGGACUCUUGAUAUUUUCUGAUAAAGUCAAGGUAUCGGUCAACAAGUUGAUUCAACCCUUCACCGGGUUGAACUGUCCUGGUCUCACUGGAAAGCCAAAGCUAUUUUUCUUCCUUGACAAAGGUGGCAAAGAUGACUCAAAGUCAGAGGGGGAGGUUUCAAAAGAUUGGAUAUCCAAAGGAAAUAACCACGGGGAAAUCUUCACGUUUGUUGGAAUCGCAGAGCCUGAAAGUCAGCACGACAUUGUCACGAGUUUGCUUUCCCAGUUGAAAAAGCCAGCACUAAAAAAUGGCCUUAGCCUGCAAGAAGCUGUCAUCAAUGUCAUGCGCAAAUGCUCAUCAGAUGGAGAUACAUUUCAAAUUUUGCCGCAAAUUACCAGCACACUCAAGAAUUUGCUGGACUUUCCACCCUGCAAGAAUAUGUAUAUCAAACCUUCAUUCGUAAUGGAAGGUUGCACUGAGCCCAAAACUUUUGAUGACUUGAUUCAAGACUUUGCAGAAACCGCUAAAAAUCCUGAAGAAAAAUCGAUGAACCGAACAUGGGUAGCAAGUGCAGAUGCUGGUUGUGGAAAUUCAACAGCCACAGAAAAAAUUGCCAGACAGCUUCAUGAUUUGCUUCCAGAAUAUUUGAUCAUCAAUAUAUCCUUGAUAACGAUGCGUGAAUACUUUUUGGAAGAAAUGAAAGCGGGCAAAGACCAUGCAGCCCACCAUGAUUUCCUAAAAAGAGCUCUGGCAGAAAGAGAAUACGACCUCAAUCGAUUAGAAGAAAAAUUGUCAAGCAAACAAAUCGUUGUGCUUCUUGAUGGCUUUGACGAAGUUUGGGCAUGUGCAGACUUUGUUCUUGAAACAUUGAGAGACAUCAAUGCGGCCAAUUUGUGCCUAUGGAUCACCACUCGUCCGCAUGAACUUCCAAAAAUUUUGAGAAAAAUCAGGGACCCAAUAAAAUUGGAAAUAAAUCCAAUGACAAAAGAUGAGCAGUUGCAGCUUUUAAAAACAGUGCUCAACAAAAACGAUGGUCAUUGCAAGCAGCUUCUCGAUAAAGUCAAAGCGGUCCAAGACGAAACUGCAACACCGUUGCACUUGAAGAUGAUAGCAGAAAUCGAAGGCAAAAAGGUCUACAUUGAAGGCAGUAUUUUCUCACUGUACUACCAGUUUGUUUUCUCUAAGGUCGAACCUGCGAUUAGAAAACAUUACGGCACUAAAGAAUCCGAUUCUGAAUUCACAAACUUUGUUCACAAAAACAUUGAGCUUCUAAUGAAGGUGGCAGUGAACUAUUUCUACAGAGAAAAUUUGCCUUGUCCUCAAUUUCUGAUCAGUCAUAGAAGCAAACAGAUAAUCGAUCAAAUGGGAAUCGCCUCUGUUUCUUUUGAGGGCAGGAAACUCAAAUCCAUCAAUUUCAAGCAUCAAACUUACGCCGAGUGUCUGCUAAGUUUACUCUUCCUUUCAAAAGCUGGCCACUUUACGAAGGAGAACAAAUGCUACUUUGAAAAUAUUGAUAAAAUCAAUCUAAACAGCCUGCUUCUUAAAAAAGAAUUUACACAAGUCCGUUCAUUCAUUGACAGCUUUUACAUUAGUUCCGAUUUUCAGCUGAAAAUGGAAAUAACGAAUAUUGAGGAAUGCUGCGAAAAAAGUGAGCUUCAAAGCCAAGCAGUCACUUUGAUGUCAUUGAUAUGCAAGGAAGGAUUAUUACGACUCUUCACGUUGUUUUUCGAGUCAAAACUGAAGGAGAUUUUUGGUGACAUCGUUGAACUUGUUAACACUCCUUUCAAGGAAGACACCUAUCAAUAUUACCCUUUGCACUCUGCCUGCUUUUCAAGUGAGGAGAUCGCUUUACGCCUCUUGGAGAUGGGAGCUAAAAUUGAGAACCUUCACCCUGACAAAUGCCAAAUCGAGGACGGACAGAAUAUUUUGCACUUGGCCGCCAAGAACGGGUUCGACAAGUUAAUACCGAAAAUAUUAGAGGUUUUGCCUGAGCUGAAAAGUGCUCAAGAUAACAAGGGUAAAACGCCAGCUGACGCAGCCACCGCACAAGGGCAUUUCAAAUGUGUAAAUAUCUUGUUGGAUUAAAUUGAAAAGGGAAAACAGUUAGCAUUUGAGGAAGGGCUUCAAAAUAGUUUGCAAAAUUAUAAAAAGUGACAAACACUGAAAAAUACUUGUAGAAAUGAAGCUAAUUUUAUCAAUAAAGAAAACCAA